GACAGAACCUCUUGAAAGUCUCAGUGUCCGCUAAACUCCUAAAUUGGAUAAUGUCCAUUUACACAAUUGAAUAAAACCUGUUAAGAGUCAGUUCUUGCGAAAAAGCAUUGAGCCAGGAGCCAGACCCACCUCUUCACUGACUGAUCUUGUGCAAGUCAUCUUACCUCUCUGGAUCUCAGUUGCGUGAUCUGUAAAAAGGAGAUAAAAAUUCUUUACCUGUUUGAAGAUGAUGUGGAGGACCAUCCUACUACAAUACUGUUUUCUCUUGGUUACAUGUAUACUUACUGCUCUUGAAGCUGUGCCUAUAGACAUAGACAAGACAAAAGUAGAAAAUGCUCAACCUGUGGACAGUGCAAAGAUAGAACCACCAGAUACUGGACUUUAUUAUGAUGAAUACCUCAAGCAAGUGAUUGAUGUGCUGGAAACAGAUAAUCAUUUCAGAGAAAAGCUCCAGAAAGCAGACAUAGAGGAAAUAAAGAGUGGGAGGCUAAGCAAAGAACUGGAUUUAGUAAGUCACCAUGUGAGGACAAAACUUGAUGAACUGAAAAGGCAAGAAGUGGCAAGGUUAAGAAUGCUGAUUAAAGCUAAAUUGGAUUCCCUUCAAGAUACAGGCAUAGACCACCAUGCUCUUCUAAAACAAUUUGAUCAUCUAAAUCACCUGAAUCCUGAGAAGUUUGAAUCUACAGAUUUAGAUAUGCUAAUCAAAGCGGCUACAAGUGAUCUGGAACACUAUGAUAAAGCUCGACAUGAAGAAUUUAAAAAAUAUGAAAUGAUGAAAGAACAUGAAAGGAGAGAAUAUUUAAAAACACUGAAUGAAGAAAAGAGAAAAGAAGAAGAAUCUAAAUUUGAGGAAAUGAAGAGAAAGCAUGAAAGUCAUCCCAAAGUUAAUCAUCCAGGAAGCAAAGAUCAACUAAAAGAAGUGUGGGAAGAGACUGAUGGAUUGGAUCCUAAUGACUUUGACCCCAAGACAUUUUUCAAAUUACAUGAUGUCAAUAGUGAUGGCUUCCUAGAUGAACAAGAAUUAGAAGCCCUAUUUACUAAAGAGUUGGAGAAAGUAUAUGACCCCAAAAAUGAAGAGGAUGAUAUGGUAGAAAUGGAGGAAGAAAGGCUUAGAAUGAGGGAACAUGUAAUGAAUGAGGUUGAUACUAACAAAGACCGAUUGGUGACUCUACAAGAGUUUUUGAAAGCUACAGAAAAAAAGGAAUUCUUGGAGCCAGACAGCUGGGAGACAUUGGAUCAACAACAGUUCUUCACAGAGGAAGAACUGAAGGAAUAUGAAAAUCUUAUCUCCAUACAAGAAACUGAACUUAAGAAAAAGGCAGAUGAGCUUCAGAAACAAAAAGAAGAGCUACAACGUCAGCAUGACCAACUUGAGGCUCAGAAGCUGGAAUACCAUCAGGUUUUACAGCAGAUGGAACAAAAAAAAUUACAACAAGAAAUUUCCCCAUCAGUGCCUGGUGGAGAAUCAAAGAUCCAGCCACAUGUUUAAGGAUUGAAGUCUACCAGAACCAGGAAGGAAACAAACUCAAUACCUGCUCUCAUUUUCAUACCUCUUUUCUUUUUCCUUUGUUCUCCUUUAGUGAUUUAAUUAAGUGGCUUUAUGCCAUAAUUUAAUGAAACUAUUAGUACCUAUUUAAGUGAGAAAGCGCCACCCACUGCUUUUAAAAUAAAUUGUUUUCUCUUAUUCAUAAAGGUAAAUACUCUUUUAUGGGUGCUUAUCAUCCCCUCUCUCAA